AUGGAGAUAGGAGGUGGCAACAAGUUGACCAAAGAAACAAUCGACAAAUACUUAAUCUCUGAUGCCAUUGCUUGUGAGGAGUGCUACAGCUUUGUCAACACCAAUCUCGAGAUAUUGAUUAGACACAUCGAAGACGGUGCAAACAAGACAUGUUCUGAUAUCUGCAGCUCAUUCAAUGGAACUACAUUCACUGAAUGCUUGGUUGUCUGUGAUGCUGUGGGUGCCAUCUUUUUUGUUGCCAUCUUGGAAGAAGCUGAUCCCGAUCCAAUCUAUAUAUGCCAGAUGGCAAAGCUAUGUGACAUCAACGUCAAUGGUAACGCAAGCAUUACCUCUGUCAGCUCCGACCCUCCAAUCGGUGCCCAAAACACAACGUUCUGGAUUGAUGUAGAGUACGAGGUGUACAACGAGAUCGGAACUGGCACCAUUGAGUACCAAUUGUAUGCACCAGGCCAAGGCGUAGUGACCUACCACUAUAUUUUGUUGGCUGAUGUCAAGGAGGGAAUGCACUCGUCCAAGUAUAACUUCACCACCAUACCAAACGAGGACAACAACUUCCUACCAGGACUCUACAUGGUGGACGUGUUCCUUUGUGAUGGCCUGUGCGACUCGACCAGACCAAACUCCAAGAUCUACGAUUUGAAGAGGACAUCGUUUGUCAUUAGCGGUGACAUCGUAUCAGGAACUGCAUCGUCCUCUGGCCUCUCCCUUUGGCAAUAA